CAGAGGAGGAGGAGAGAUAGGAAGAGAGAGAGAGAGAGAGAGAGACGACAGUCAUGCACUUACAAGCAGGCACCCACACACAAUUUCUCAUCAGACACCCACACACACUUUCUCACAUACGCUGCAUACACAUCGGAGCACCUGCUUUGUAGCCUCUGUCUUUGGAUCUGCUCGUGACGGGCUCGUAGUGCCAAGAUGCCUUCCUAUGGCUGGUUGUUGUUGGCUCUGUCUCUGGCAGCACUAACAGGAAACACUAUUGGUGCUGUUGCAUAUGCGCAAACUGAGAGGAACUGCUCCCUGUCACCCCCGUACCUCCCCAGCACAGCAGUAAAUACCACUCUACGGCUGCAGAACUUACGAGAGCUAAUGCUUCCCCUGAAUAUCUCUGCCUACAUUAUCCCUGGCACUGACGCUCACCUGAGUGAGUAUAUCGCACCACGUGAUGCCAGGAUGGCCUUCGUGACCGGCUUUACAGGCUCUGCAGGCACCGCCGUAGUUACUCAGACCAAGGCCGCUCUGUGGACAGACAGCCGCUACUGGGUUCAAGCCGAGAGGCAGAUGGAUUGCAACUGGGACCUUGAAAAAGAUGUGUCCAUCAGCAGUGUAGCAGAGUGGCUGAUGUCUGAGGUCCCACCAGGCGGCGAGAUCGGCUUUGAUUCCUUCCUCUUCUCCCUCAAAACGCAGGAGGACUACAGCCUCAAUCUGGACUCGAGCAAUCGUAGCCUCAAGUCCGUCCCUGUUAACCUGGUUGACGAAGUGUGGGAGGAAAGACCGCCUGUCCCUCCUGACAACCUCACCCGCCUGCCCGAUAGAGUCACACAAAGGUCCUGGCAGAUGAAAGUGGAGCACAUACGGAAUCAGAUAAGAGACAAUCCAUACGAACCGACAGCUCUUCUGCUGUCAGCUCUGGAUGAAACAGCCUGGCUGUUCAAUCUUCGCGGCAACGACAUCCCGUACAAUCCCUUCUUCUACUCCUACACACUGCUCACAAUGGACGAGAUCUGGCUCUUUCUCCACACGGGCAGAGUGACAGAGGAAUUGAGGGUGUACCUGAACGCCUCCUGUAACGGGUCACUUUGUGUGCAGCUGAAAAGCUACGACACUGUCCGACAUCACCUGAAGAAGUAUGUGGCACAGAGUGGGGUUAAAGUGUGGAUCGGCACAGAGUACACAAACUACGCACUUUAUGAGAUCAUUACACCAGAGGAGAAACUAAUGACAAGCUCCUACUCGCCUGUGUUGACGACGAAAGCGGUGAAAGAUGAGACUGAGCAGCGGAUCUUGAGGGAUGCUCAUGUGAGGGAUGCAGUUGCGGUUAUCCAACUGCUGAUGUGGCUGGAGAAGGCAGUGCCAGAGGGGAAAGAGACCGAGCUGACUGCUGCAGAAUACGUCAAUAAGUGUCGCGGCAAACAGAAAGACAGCAGAGGCCCAAGCUUUGAGACAAUCUCUGCAAGUGGACCCAAUGCUGCACUUGCGCAUUACAGCCCUACAGAAGGAACGAGCAGGAAGUUGACAGUUAAUGAGAUGUACCUGGUGGACUCUGGCGGCCAGUAUCUAGACGGCACCACUGACAUCACUCGGACAGUUCACUGGGGAGCCCCUACAGUGAUGCAAAAGGAGGCCUUCACUCGAGUGCUCAUGGGAAACAUUGAGAUAUCUCGAACCAUCUUUCCCUCAGGGACACGAGGUGUAAACAUGGAGAUGCUGGGUCGCCGGGCAUUGUGGGAGGUGGGCCUGAACUACGGCCACGGCACAGGUCACGGUGUUGGAAACUACUUUGGAGUUCAUGAGUGGCCAGUUGGAUUUCAGAGCAACAACAUUCCCUUCAGAACUGGCAUGUUCACGUCUAUUGAACCUGGAUAUUACAAGGAGAAUGACUUUGGGAUCCGGAUUGAAGACGUUGCUGUGAUCGUACCUGUACACACAAAGUAUGGUCAUAACUAUGUGACCUUUGACACUGUGUCGCUGGUUCCAUAUGACAGAAAACUGAUUGACAUCACUCUCCUCAGCUCAGAGCAGCUUCAGUGGCUGAAUAAAUACUAUAAGACAAUACGGAUGCUGGUGGGUCCUGAACUGGACAAACAGGGACUACAAGAGGAGAAGGACUGGAUGCUCAAACAUACAGAGUCCUUCAUGGAGUCUGGAUCUUCUGCAUCUGUCUGUUCCUCCUCGCUGACCCUCAUUGCUCUGGCUGUCGCUCUCCUCCACAACAUCAUCUGAGCAUCUGCAUCUCUUUUGCACAUUCACAGCAGACUUGCUCACUAAUGUUACUCCUAUGCAGUCUCUAUUGAGCAGCUAUACCAGGUUAAGAGAUGCACUGCAAUUUAGAGAUUUUCAAUUAAAUAUAUAUUUGUUUGAUAAUUUAAUUGGGUGGGUAAAUGACUGAUAUUAUGGUAUUAUAUAUAAAGUAAAAUUAACUUUUGUGUGAUUUUUGAUGUUUUUCCUUUUUUUGUUUGUAAUCUGGACAUUUGUAUAACCAGCUGAUAUAAUUUCUAUUUUAUUAAAGUAACAGUCUUUAAAACAAA